AUGGAUGAGUUGCUAGAGCGCAGGCGACAACAGCAGGCGAAAACCGCCGCUGCUGCUGGUGGUGCUGCUGCCGGAGCCACCAGUGCUGGUAAUGGCGCUGCAGGUGCGCAGGAAGCAGCAGCAGCAGGUGGAGAGAGUGAGAGGGGUGGUGGGAAGCAAGCAGGGCGGAAGAACAGGCUGCGGAAGAGGAAGCAGGGGGGAGGGCGAGGGGGGGCGGGGGACAGCAGCGAUGGUGACGAGGAGUGGGACUUCCGUAUGGAUGCUGACAGUGAUGAUGACGAUGCUGGUCGUGGUGCUGGUGGUGGGGGAGGAAACAGGGACCCCUUGCAGGGGGGUUACCAGGGGUGGCCGGCAGGCGCGGGGCAGACACAGGGAGAGGGCGGAGGGGUGGGGGAGGACGAGGAGAUGGUUGGAGGCGGUAUGAGGCGGUCGGCGCGCAGCAGGAAGCCGGUGGUGUACCACCUGGGGGAUGACAACGACGAUGAUGACGUCAUGGAGGUGACCGAGGCUGAGGCGGGGGUGAAAGGGGUCAAUGGGGUGGCCGCAGGGGGCGGCGGUCAGCCCAGGAAACCCAGGGCUGACCAAGACGCAGCUGGUGGGGGGGUUGAUGCGAGCAAAGGCUCCGGGGCUGGAGCUGAUAGUAGACAGGGAAUGGCUGGAGACGCCUCGGGGAGGGUGCAAGGAGAGGGGAAUUCCACGGAUGUGCCUAUGGAGGGCAGGCCAGGGGUGUCAAGCCACGCAGCAGGGAAGGAAGAGGGGAGGAGUGGUGAAAGGCGAGGGGACGGGCGGGGCAGCAGUGGUGGGAAGAAGAGUGGUGAUGGGACGAGGAAUGGGUUUAUGCAUGAGGGGGAGGUGGUGGAGAUCAUCUCGUCUGAUGAAGAGGAAGAGGAGAGCGAGGAGGAAGAAGGAGAGGAGGGGGAGGAAGCAAAGCGCUUCUCUGUUCCAGAUCCUGACUUCCACUGCUUCGAUGAUGAUCGCACGGAAGAAACGUUCCGACAAGGCGAUGUAUGGACCCUAUAUGAUGACUCUGACGGCUUCCCCCGCUUCCUCGGCGCCAUCCGCCAGGUGUCUCACGCGCCCUUCUCUUGCACCAUAGUCUGGCUCGAGCCCGCCGCACUCUCCAAGAAGCGCACCGCUGCCGCUGGCGCCAUCACUCAGACCGAGGCCGCAGCUGCUCUGGCCGACCCAGCAGAAAGAACAGAGCCCAGUAUUGGGUACUUCAAAUUCGGCAAACCCACAACGCUCGACUCUGUUAACACCUUCUCCUUCCGAAUCUCCAAGCUGGCUUCCCCGAAUGCGCGCACGGCUACGGUUUUGCCGGAGAUAGGCCAGGUGUGGGCGUUGUAUGCGGAGAAGUCGUUUGCCAGGCGGAGGUACUAUCUGGUGGAGGUGAUACCUGCCGAGUCGUCCAUACCGCUGCCGAGUGACCCCACAGCAGCGUCGGCAGCAGCAGCAGGAGUGCAGGGUGUUACAGCGAUGGGGUGGAGGGCUGUGUGGUUCCUGGAGAGGGUCCCUGGUGGGGUGUUCAGCUCAGUAUUUCAGACCUGUGAUAACGUCUCGGUGACACCAUCCUCUAAUACCGUCUCGCCUAUACUUCUACCAUUCAUGGCUCCGAUCAACACUCCGUCGAACAUGGCGAUUGUUCCGUGCACCACAAGCCCGAAGAACAAGUUCGGGAGGGGCUUCAGGGAGUACGACGAGGAAAACGAGAGGAAUACGAUGGUAGAGAACGUCUACCACAUUAACCAUUCCAAGCAGACCCUGGGAUUCGUUCUCGCAAUGAAGGAAAGGCAUCUGAAACUGGACAAGGCGGAGAUGAGCGUGUGGGAAGCGGCGGAGCUGUUAAACGAGCUCGUGGACGACAGCGAUCCCGAUCUGGAUAUGGCGCAGAUCGAGCAUGCACUACAGGCAGCGGAGGCGAUUAGAAGGGACCACCCGAGCGAGGAAGAAGACUGGUACCCACUCGUUGGGUUCCUUCAUGAUAUGGGGAAGGUUCUCCUGCAUCCGAAGUUCGGCAGCGAACCCCAGUGGGCAGUUGUUGGUGAUACGUUUCCUGUUGGCUGUCGGUUUAGCAACAAGAUCGUCCACUCAAAGUUCUUCAACAGCAAUCCAGACUCGUCAGUUGAAGACCUGAACACAGAGUGUGGUAUUUAUGAGGAAGGCUGCGGAAUGGACAAGGUCCAUAUAUCCUGGGGCCAUGACGAGUAUAUGUAUCAAGUCCUUGUGCAAAACGGCUGCAGCAUUCCACCCCAAGGCCUCUACAUGAUCCGCUAUCACUCAUUCUAUGCUCUGCACAGGGAUGAAGAGUACCAACACCUGAUGGACGACUUUGAUCGGGAGAUGCUUCCAUGGCUCAAGGACUUCAACCAAUACGACCUCUACAGCAAGAGUGCACAGCGCUUGAAUGUGGAGGAGCUCAGGCCCUAUUAUCAACGACUCAUUGCCAAGUACAUCCCUAAGGCAAUUCUCAAGUGGUGA